CGUUUUCUGAGCACACUGAUCAGAGAGGAACACGGCAUCUUAAUAGGCAAGUGGAAAUGGAAAAUUUCCCCAAACUAAAACUCUUUCAGAUCACAUUCAUUUUAUUUGGAUGUGGCCUGUUUCUUGUCCAAGCCUUUUGGAACAAUCCUUCGAUCUUGUGGGACUCACACAACCCAGCAUUUCAAAACAACUUUUCUUUCGCAGUUCUACCAAUGAGUAAAGUGAAGAUUGUGUGCCCGAAUCCCGCAAUGAUCCCGAUAGCGGUCGAGGGAAGCAUUCCUCUGGAAAAAAUGUAUGAGAAUCUAUGGAUAGUUGAUGAACAGGCAUACGAGACAUGCGUAAUAGAAACUACUAAACCUCAAAACAGAGUUUUAAUGAAGUGUGACUCUCCGCUGCAACUGCGUUACUUCACGGUAGUAUUUCAGCGGUAUAGCGCAGUAGGCGCAGAUGGGUUGGAGUUUGAGCCUGGGAAGGAGUACUAUUUCAUCGCCACAUCUAAUGGCCAUGGAUGGUCUCUGGAGCAGACCUCAGGGGGGAGGUGUGCAACGCAUAACAUGAGAAUGAAAGUCUACGUUUGUACUGAUGAAAACGAUCCCAAGUGUCAGACAAGUCCUGUUUCAACAGCUCAAUCAACAAAGACCAUCACUGUGUGUCCAUCGCCGACUCAAUUUGUCCAGGUGUCAUCUACAAUUUCACAUCUACCACCUCAUCAAUGCAUUGAUAACAACCAACUGAACAAGAUACUCAAUAACACGCGCUUUGUCCCAGCCAUUUUCGACCAAACCAAUCACCUCGCCAAACUGUGGGCUCAAGUUAUGAACAUGAGUGAACAACUAACCGCUGUGCAGAACAGACUUGAAAACUGUAGCUUCGGGGGAGGAUAUGGCCACGUGAUCGUUCCAAGUGCAUCCUCGACCUUGGCUCCGAUUCAAACUUCGUCUCCAACUCCAACGCAACAAGUAACAUACUCCAAUUGCACCGCGCUGUACAAUGCAGGUUUUAAGGUCAGUGGUAUUUAUACCAUAAACCCUGAAGACGGCAUGGGCUCGUUUCCGGUCUACUGCGACCAAACAACAGCGGAAGGGGGCUGGACCGUGCUCCAAAAGCGUUUUGACGGCUCGGUUUGGUUUAGCAACCGGACGUGGGUGGAAUACAAGAAUGGAUUCGGUAACGUAUCGGGAGAGUUCUGGCUGGGAUUGGACAGAAUUCACCGACUGGCGAAAAAUCCCGUCACGUUAAGAUUCGACUUGGGAGCCCCGGAUGGAACGAACAGAUUUGCUGUUUAUAAAGGAUUUACGGUGGCAGGCGCUGACCAGAAGUUUUUGAUGACCAGUGGAACAUACACAGACGGCGAUGCUGGUGAUUCGUUCUCUUUUGAAAGUGGCAACAAAUUCUCAACACCAGAUCAAGACAACGAUAAAUAUGGUGCUGGCCACUGCGCCAAACUGUACAAGAGCGGUUGGUGGCACGGAGUGUGUCAUAAGGCAAGUCUUAAUGGGCUCUAUCUCAACGGAAGUGAUAAGACCUCAGAACAUUAUGCAGCUGGAAUAACCUGGCAUACUUGGAAAGGCUACGACUAUUUCUUGACAAAAUCGGAGAUGAAGAUCCGUCCCUGAAAGUACGAAGUGACUCCUUUGCCAUCGUUAUCGAAGAGAAAAUAAGGGCGCAGAGACGAACAAUUAGCAUGUUAGCUGCGAUAUGCAGAUUCUAUAGUAAUUAAUGUUUUUCUUAGAAGGAAACGGAAGUCUGUUUCCUCGGAAGUCGGCACUGUGAAUCAACGCUCAAGGAAUCAUGUUCCCCUUUUUUCUGAA